AUACCAAUUUGUGUGAAAAAUUAUAGAUUGAAAGAGUAAAGGGGAGGACGAAAUUAUAUGCUGUCACACUGUGUGUAAAUUUCAUAUCUUUGUAUGGAAAAUAAACCAAAGGAGACAAGACGUCCGUCCAUGCGAGAGAAUUUGAGUACACCAGCUGUGUAUGCGUGUAUGUGUGAGAGAGAGAGAGUACCACCACUCUGAGACUGUAGAGAAAAAGAAGAAGAACGCAAAAAAUAACCAAAAUUAAGGUUAACAUAAAAUACAUUGCAGUCCGCUAAAAGAUUUUGGGUGCAAAACUUUGAGGAGGAUAAUUUUAAGAAGAAAAAAUUAAAUUAUACACAAAGAGAAGUGAAGCAAGAAAAAAUAUUGGAAUAAAAUACCCACUAAAACACAAAAACAAAUCAAUUUCACACAAUUAUGGAUUCAGCUGGGAAUAAUCGUUAUGAACUUUUGUUCAUGGACGAAGAUAUUAGUGAUCCAUUAGAUAAUAUUGUUGCCAAGAAGAAAAAGCAGGUUAAGACUGCUGGCGCUGCUACGGCAACGACGGCUGGUGGCCAAACUGGAGCUGCUGCCGCCAAGACAACGAACAAAGGCCAACAGGCCCCCAAUGCCAAGAAGACCAACAACCAGGCCGAAAAGGAAAACAAGCCAUUGAACAGAAACGACAAUAAGAAGCCAGGUGGCGGUGCUGCUCCAGGUGGUGGUGCUGUCGCUAAACAAGGUGGGGCUGCCGCUGCUGGUGGCGCGAAUCGCAAACGCAAUAAUGGUGAGGCUGGUGGCCCAGCACGUGAAGGUGGUCAAGGGCAACAACAACGCAAUGUCAACUUUAGACAACAAAAUGGUGAAACACGUGAACAACGCAAUAAUCGUCGUAAUGCUCGCCAAGGCGGUGACAAUGCCGUCGAAGGUGGCCAACAAUUCAAUAACCGUGGAGAUCGUCCACCACGCGAUCGUGCCCCACGCAACCGUAACUUUGAAGGUGGCAAUCGUAAACGUGAAUUUGAUCGUCAAUCUGGCUCGGACAGAACUGCUGUUGAUAAACGUGAUGGCGCUGGCGCUCACAACUGGGGAUCGGUAAAGGACACUAUCGAUGAUGUCAACAAGAGCACCAAUUCCGAGGAGAAUGGCAAUGUUAGCGGUGCUGAGAAGGGCGAUGAAUCUGGCAAUGAACAGGCUGCUGAGCAGACACCCGUUGAGGAGGAGGUUAAGGAAUUGACAUUGGACGAAUGGAAGGCCCAACAGCAACAGCGUGCUAAACCUCAAUUCAAUAUUCGCAAGGCUGGUGAAGGUGAAGACACCACCAAAUGGAAGAAAAUGGUCGUUUUGAACAAUACCAAGGUUGCUGGCAAGAAGGGUGGCAACGAAAGCGAAGAAGAACUUGAAUAUGACCCUGCCAUGUAUCCCCAGCGCGUUGGCAGGCAACAACGCGUCUUGGAUAUCCAAUUCAAUUUCAAUGAUGGCCGUCGUUUGGGUGGUUUUGGUGGACGUGGACGCGGUGGUCGUGGUGGUCCACGCAACAACAAUGCCGGCGCUGGUGCUGGUGCUGCUGGUGGUGAGGCCGCCCCCGCUGCUCCCGGUGGUGGCCGACCUCGCUUCGAGGGCGGCAAUCGCACUGGUGGCAAUGCCGGUGGUCGUGGUGGUGCUGGCGGUAAACGUCAAUUUGGUGGUGACAAACAAAACGCCGCUCCCAAAGUAAAUGAUGAGCGUCAAUUCCCCACAUUGUCCUAAAUUUUCCAAUUCCCGCCUCGUUUUCCCCCCAAAAUUUAAAAAAAAAAACAACAACAACAACACUCAAAUAAACAACAAAGAGGAUAAACAAGCUUCUCCCUCAUAAUUCAUACAAAAAAAUGGAAGCUCCCUCUUCACUCCACCACACCAAAACAACAACAGCAAAACCUGGCGUGGGUGUAGGGUGGCCAUUAUGAAACAAUAACUUAAAGAAGAAAUCAGUUUUAAGCCUAAGCCGUAGCACCACUACCCUCCCCGCUCUACACCACACACCAAGAAGAAGAAACUACUCCAACAACAACAACAAUAAUAAUAACAAUUUUUAAAAAACUAAGAUGAUGAAGAAGUUUAAAAUAAUGAAGAAGAAAAAGAAAAUACACAUGCCGUCGCAGGGAAGAAGUAACAUUAAAAAAACAAGCAAAAUAUCUAAGAAUAAGAGAUGAUAAAGAAGAGGAAGAAGAAGAAGAUGCAUAAUAAGAUGAAGUUUUAGUGUUAGAGAGAAGUAACGUUUUUUUUAAAUAUUAUUUUCAAGCCAAAAUAAACAAGUCAUUUAAAAUUAGUGUAAACCACACAUACACACACUCCAACAACAACAACAAGCAGGCAGACAGACAAACAAAAUGGACAGAUUUUUACCCAGCGUUCCGUUCCGUUCUCCCACACACACACACUCACUUGGACCUUGACUCCAUCCCCAAAAAGAUCCAAGCAGCAUCUCAGCUCUACCCAAUUGAAAACUCCUUUCAAUCAUCAACAUCAUCAUCACCACCAUACCCCACUUAAAAAGCCAAGCAAUACUACUACCAUCAUGAAGAUGGAUGAGUUAAUAAGAAUACCCCGCCUCCUGCUCCUCCCCCCGCCCCCAAGAAGUUUUACUUAUAUUGCCUAAUAUAUAAAUAUUCUUGUUUUAUUUUUUAUUAUUAUUUUUAAGAAUUUUGUUUAAUUGUUUUUUAUUACAAAACAAACAACAAAAGUGAAUUUCUUUUUGGAAAACAGUAUUGGGUUAUAUAAAAUAUAUAUUAAAAAAAAAACAUAGACAAGCAAAGAAAGGGGUAUUUUGAAAAACUGGACCACAUUGGAUCCUCCUCACGUACAAAACGAAAAUAUAACCACAAUGGAAUUCAAAAUUAUAACAAAAGUGAUUAUUUUUCAAAGCGAAAUUUUGAAAAAACAAAGAAAAGAAAUCAUGAUUUUUAUUUUCAUUGUUUUGGUUUUAUUUAGUUUUUUUUUUUUUUUUUUUUUUGGGGAUAGGAGUUGAGAGUUGACAAGGAUUAACAAUUUUCCAAGACACAAGAAAAAAAAAAAACACAGUUGAAAACAAAAACAAAUUAAGAUUUCAAAAGCAAACAAACAGAAGAGUAGUGGGUAUUAACAUUUAAAUAAUUAAAAUAAAAUUCUAUUUUCAAAACAAAACAAAAAAAAAAAAUAAAGACUGUUUUAAAGAUCAAGCAUCAAAAUUUGAUCUUUAUAAAAAACAAAAUCUUUGUUUUUCUUCUUCCCAAAAAGCAAAACAAAAGUAAAUAGUUUUAACACAUCCUGAUGAUGAAUGGUAAAGGAGUUUAAAAGUAACAACAACAAUGAUUUCAGAAAAAUGUUCUCAAUUUAAUUAAUUUUUGUUUUUUGCCUAGUUAAGCCUUGAAACAAGUUAUACCAUUUUAUAAAUGGUAAGCUAUAUUUUAACUUAUAUAGCCAAAAAAAGAAAAAGAGGAAUAUACUUUUUUUAAAUUGUUAGAAAUUUAACCCAAUUAGUAGUAUCUUUUUACCAAGGACCGACCCACAGUAGAACAAAAAGAAAACACACCGACAGCAGACCCCCUCGCCCCCCCUUCCCAUUUGAAAUUCUUUUUCAAUACAACUUCAUGCAUAUUUUAUAUAGAGUUGUUUAUAAUGUUAUAAAUAUUCAAAACAUGAGUUAUUUUUUUUUUGUUUUUUUCUUAGUCUUUCACAAAAAUUUGCCAAAUUAUAAUUUUUAAAAAUUUCCUUUUGUUAAAAAAAUAUAUGAAAACAAUAUUUAGUCCCUUAUAUAUACUUUUUUUCGAAAUUACAAAAUUUAUUGUUUAUUUAACCUAUUCUGUGAAUUCAUCAUUGCCCUUUUGAAUUGUAAAAAACGUUUUAAGGGUUUUUGAUCUAAUAUUAUAAGCGAACUUAUAAAAUAAACAUUUUUAUAUAAAUA